UGCAAUAACCCCACACACCCCUACACAGCCAGUGGCGGUAUACAUUUUUAAACACAACAGAAGAAGGAGCGGCAGUCCGGAACCAAUCCAAGCGGUGUUGCUGUGCGACACCGGUCGAUUGUAAAGCGUCGUACGACAAGCAGAGGGCAAGGUUUUCCAACCCGCGUGAUGUUGUAGCUCGAGCGAUCGAGUAUUAACGUUAACUGACGACGAUGUGGGUCACCAGGCGUUUUCUGUCCUCGCUCGCGCAGAGAAGUCAGUCUGCAGGACAGUCCGGUUUAUUCCGUCGCCCUAAGCACCGCUCCCUCCCCGAGCUGGAGAUUCGGCAUCUCCAGUGCACAUGCUGCUGGAGAAGCCAGGUUCCCGUGGCCGGCUUUGAGACCCUGAACGCCGCCCUCUCCUCCACUUCUGAGCCCUGCAAGGACACCGGCAGACCCCUGGACGCCUGCUACACCUCCGAGCAACGAGACGCCAUCCUCCAGCUGCUUAACAACGCCUCGCCGUCAGAGCUGGCCGGCGUCAAGCUCCUCAGAGGCCGCAAGUCGCUCAACAUCGUGGACUACAGGACUAAAAACGGACCCUUUAAAACUCUGGAAAGUGUGGUGAAGGUGCCGCUGCUGAAGCACAAAAGUGCCGUCAUAGUCUUCAACUCCAUCCUCAACCCGGUUAAGAAGGAGAGGAAAGUGAGGAUACAGCUGGCCAAGUUUAUCAGGCCAGAGGUUGACAGGUCCUGGUUGGAGGAUGCCAGUUCCAUAGUGUCAAUAGUAUGUGGGACUAAUAAAGUCGCCUGGGCACAUGUGGACCGUGGGAUGACUGUACUGGAUUGGCAACAGCUGGAAUGUCCUAAUUUCUUGAGGGGAACAUACAUGGCUUCUGCUUACUUGAAUGAUGUUUCUGCAGUCGUGUCACUCCUCCCUUCUGCCGACUUCUACAUUAUAGAGAAAUCCUCAAUCUCAGUCCAGAACACUGCUCUGUUCCCCGUCAUGGCUCACAUGAGGACGGUGGAGGCCAUGCUGUUUGCUCUGCUGGAGCCCAAAAACUCAGCACCAGAGUCUAAUAUUCCUCCAAGAGUUUUGAACAUUAUGCGAACUGCUGUGGGACGCCAUUUUGGACUAAUGGUGGGCGAGUCCCGGACCAGCGGGGCACAGACAGUGCGACAGCUGAUGACUGAGUCGGUGACGCAGAAGCUUCCCAGGAUAAACUUUCCCCAAGAGCUGCUGGUCAAGUACAGGAACUCCUUCCAACUGGGGAGCAGAAGAGGAGGAGGAGAGGAACUCUGUGAUGCCCUGCUUCAGGCUGUAGCUUUUUACGAGCUGCUCUCUGAAUCUUCCAGUUAGCCCCCACCUGGACCGAUCUCCUGCCCCAACCAUGAACUAUUUCCACUAUAACAAACCUCAUAAGUGGCAAUUUGAGCCCUUUUGAAUCCCUGAAAAGAUAUGGUGGUGGUUGAUGUUAUAUUUAAAGUACUGAAUAUACCUAUGGUUACAUAUGACACUGUAGUAGUAAUUUUUUUUUUUUUCCCCCCUUCAGGAUGCUAAGCAUGACUGUUGCUACAGUGUUAUGUUUUUUUUCUGCUGUUGAUCUUGUUCGAUUUGGACACUAAACAAAACUAAUUGCUGUCUACCAUCUUCUGCUUUCUGAGGAUUUUUAUUCAAGUUGGUUUGUGUUACAUUUUAUGCAAUA